AUAUUUGCCAAAAUAACCCGAUAAUAAUUAUCUACUUUUUCCUAUUCCAUUAUUGUUAGUUAGAUAGCAGUGUAUUGAUCGGUAUAUCGAUAAAUAUUUUGCCAUCAGUUCUUUUUUAUUUUACUUUUUUAAUUAAAAUGUCAUUUGAAUAUAUCAGAAGUAAGCGGGGCCAACAAAUGAUUUUAUUGAAUAAUUUUAAGUUUCGUUUUGCACAUAAAGCAAUACAAACGGGUUACAUACGUUGGCGUUGUUUUGUAAAAGAAUGCAAAGGUACCAUUCACGUGAAUGAGCUUGAUGAAAUUAUUGAUCAAACAGGCGCAAUUAUCCCAGAAAAAUAAAUUAAAAAGGACAAUUAAUUCAUAUUUUUUACCUGCCAAAAAAAAUAAUUUAGAAAAUGAUGAACCGUCUUCUCAAUUAACAGUCGAUUUAUCUACAUCAAACAUGUCUCAAAUAUCAUCUUUAAUAACUCCUUGUCUAUCAUCAUCUUCAUGUACUUCUUCAACCCAGACAUCAUUACUAUCUACAACUCAAAUACCACAAACAUUUUACUCUAAUGAUAUAGGUCAAUACAUUGGGAAGGCUAUUGAUGAUUUUACAAAACAUGAGCUUCUCGAAAAUUCUUGGUUACCUCCGAAAGAUUACAUAUUUCCUUAUUCAGAACAUAUAAAAGGAGGAAAACAGACACGUCGUUAUGUCGGUCAUCAACAUUUAAAUUCUUUCAAGUGGCUUGUAUUUUCUCCAUCGCAAAAAGGAUUAUUCUGUAAAUAUUGUCCAAUUUUUAAUAUUCAAAACAAAGGUGGUUUUCAGAAAAAUGUUAACUUACUUAAAUUUGUAACUCAGCCAUUAACUAAAUUUGCUAAAAUCAUGGGUGAAACAGGAGAUUUAAUACAUCAUGAAAAAACACUGUACCAUAAGGAAGCUGUAGAAUUCAGUAAAAGUUUUUUGAAAACUUAUCAUAACCCAGACUUAGAAAUACAUAACUUACUGAAUACAAAACGUUUGAAAGAAGUUAAUGAGAAUAGAUUGCGGCUUAUUCCAAUUGUCGAAAGUAUUAUAUUUUUAUGUCGACAAAAUAUUCCACUUAGAGGACACAGGGAUGACGGUAUGUUACUACCAAUAUCAUCGACUAAUUCUGAUAAUCAAAUUUCUUGUUUAAAUGAAGGAAAUUUUAGAGAACUUUUGAAGUUUCGAGUUAAAUCAGGUGACAGAAUUCUUCAAAACCAUCUUCAAAACAGUUCUUCAAAGGCCACAUAUAUUAGUAAAACUAUACAAAAUGAAAUUAUUGAAUGUUGUGCUAAAGAAAUAUUAAAUCAAAUUCUAUCACGAAUUACAAAAGACAGUGGUUUUUAUAGUAUUAUAUUUGAUGAAACUCUGGAUGUGUCAAAGCGUUCACAAAUUAGUUUGGUUUUAAGAUAUAUUUAUAACAAUUCAGUAAGGGAAGAUUUCGUGAUGUUUGUAGAUGCUUUUGACGAAGCUUUAGCUUUACUAGAAGAACCUGAAGAAAAUAAGGAAAUUGGUGAUAAUGAUAGGGAAAAAAAAGAAAUUUCAAUAACCGGAAAAGUUCUUGGUAAAAUUAUUAUCAAGCAAUUAAAUAGUUUUGGCCUUGAUUUGAACAAUUUAGUGGGAAUAGGAACUGAUGGAUGUAGCGUAAUGCUGUCAGAACUUUGUGGAGCUGUUAGUGAAAUCAUUAAAGUUGCACCUAAUGCCCAUAGAUGUCCUUGUUAUAAUCAUUCACUUAAUAAUUCUAUAUCACAAUCUUCACGCGUGAAAAGUAUUAGAAAUCUAAUUGGAGUAAUUAAAGAAGUUGUUUCAUUUUUUUCUGCAUCUGCUAAAAGAACUUUUGUUUUAAAAAAACACGUCGGACAUCAAUUGGUUGGUUUAUGUGAAACAAGAUGGGUCGAAAGACAUGAAGGCGUGAUGAGUUUUAUGCAGGAUAUGCCCAACAUUAUUGAAGCACUAUUAGAAAUAACAACUUGGAGAGACUUGAAUACUUCAGGAAAAGCAAAGUCCCUGGCAACAGUACUAUGUGACAGUGAAAUUAUAAUUUCACUUUGUAGUCUCUCUCAUAUGCUUAGCUACACUCUUCCACUCAGUAAAUGUUUUCAAAAAAAGUGUCUUGAUUUACACGAAGCAGCCAAUAUAAUGAAAGACACUUUGAGUAUUCUAUCAGAAUGUCGAAAAAAUGUUUCUACUGAUUUCAAAGAAAUUUAUAAAUUAUCUGAGGAUUUGGCUAAAAAACAAAAUAUUGAUUUGAAAAUUCCAAGAUAUUCUAUAAAACAAACGAAACGUGCAAAUUAUUCAACCAAUAAUACAGAAGAGUAUUAUAAAUUAACUGUGUUUAUUCCUUUGUUAGAUAAUGUCAUUAAUGAUUUAAAAUCACGUUUUUCACAUAAAACACUUAGUUGCUUUAAUCUUUCAUAUUUACUUCCUGAAAAUUUUUUAAAGGAAAAUUCAACUUCAUAUUCAUUAAAUGAAUCAGACGAUAUUAUUAAAACAAUAGCAGAUGAAUUUCAGAUACUUCUUUCAAAUGAAAAAGGAGAUGUUUCUUCUUUAUUACGUUUGGAAUUUAAAUUAUGGAAACAAAAAUGGAAUCGAGAAAAAAUUGAAAAUAAUUUGAUCAAUUCCAUAUGUGUAACGAAAAUUCUGGCAAAUUGUGACGAAGAAAUAUUUCCAUUAAUUAAUCGUCUUUUAACUGUUUUUAUUACUCUUCCAAUAAGUAAUGCAAGUGCUGAGAGGACAUUUUCCACACUACGAAGACUAAAAACAUGGCUCCGGUCAACUAUGUCAGAGACAAGAUUAACUGGACUUGCUCUUUUGAACAUUCAUCGUGAUAUUAAUGUAGAGGUCACUAAAGUGAUUGAUAGAUUUUCAAAAUCCAAUAGAAAAUUAGAUUUUGCUUUAUAAUUUAUGUAUAACUUGCAUAAUACAAAAAAUGUAAUAAAUGGCAUUACUUAUGUAUCUUGAUUAUUAAGUUUUUUUGUCAGAAAGUUGAUUUAGAUAA